AGAUCUCUUCCUUUUUCGUUUUCUCCGGCGGCCAUCUCAAAUCACCGGUAUCUCUAGCCGUAAGGUACAAUUUCCGGUUCCCUCUAUCAUCUGCUUCGACAUCUCGUGAUUCGGCUUAUUCUAACUCGUCGCAGUCAUGAAUCCCGAAUAUGAUUAUCUGUUUAAGCUUUUGCUUAUUGGAGAUUCUGGUGUUGGGAAAUCGUGUUUACUUUUGAGGUUUGCUGAUGAUUCAUAUCUGGAGAGUUAUAUCAGUACCAUUGGUGUUGACUUUAAAAUCCGCACUGUGGAACAAGAUGGGAAAACCAUCAAACUCCAAAUAUGGGACACUGCUGGACAAGAACGUUUUAGGACAAUAACUAGUAGCUAUUAUCGUGGUGCUCAUGGUAUAAUAGUUGUUUACGAUGUGACAGACCCAGAGAGUUUCAACAAUGUCAAGCAGUGGCUAAAUGAAAUUGAUCGCUAUGCCAGUGAUAAUGUAAACAAGCUUUUAGUUGGGAACAAGUGUGAUCUAACAGCAGACAGAGCUGUGUCCUAUGAAACAGCCAAGGCCCUUGCAGAUGAAAUCGGGAUUCCUUUUAUGGAAACAAGUGCUAAGAGUGCCUCGAAUGUUGAAGAAGCUUUCAUGGCCAUGGCUGCUUCAAUCAAGACUAGGAUGGCAAGCCAACCAGCUAUGAACAACGCGAGACCUGCAACAGUGAAUAUUAGAGGACAGCAAAUCGAGCAGAAGUCUGGUUGCUGCUCGUCUUAAGAAAAAUAGUUUUUUAGUGGGACUCAUAAUGCUCUUUUGUGUUUUUUGUGUUGCAUGUAAAACUGGUGUCUUUUAAAUGCUUUUGAUAUGAAUUUCAGAUGGUUCAAUAUAUUUCCUA